AAUCAUCGUCCGGUGUCGGGAUCGUCUUUUUGGAGCGAGUUGCCGUGCGCAAGCUCUGCUCGAGAGACGAACGUAUCCGAUGGAAAGUCUUGGGCGCAGACUCAGGUACUGUAGCCUUGAUAGUCGCACUGGGAUUUUGGAAUGUUGAACGAGAGGAGGAUGCUCCGGGUGUCGCGGAGGAUUUGGACGGUGUACGGUGAGAGGGGAGGCUGGGCCAACCGACGAACGAAAACGGUGGGCGAGGGCGCGCGAGUAUGCAAAGAGAGACUCGAUCGGAUCAGCCUGUAGACGACAUGAGUUGAUAACAGUAAGUAAAUGGCCAGUUGGGGAGCGACGUAUGGGAAGGAGACGAGUCGUUAGGCCGUUUGGAGAAAGUGUUACUAACUGGGAUAAGUGGGCUCUAUUAGCGGCGGGGUGACGGUCCGUCUUGCGCGUGGAACUCUUCUAAAGAACUGCCGACCGGGCUGAACGAUGGCUCUAGGUUGAUUGACCUGACCAGUGGAAGGCCCGCAGAUUCGAGCACUCCCUGACCCUCGACAAUAUAUUCCCGGGCCCCGUGAGCGUUCAAUGAAGGAAUGACGGGUGAGCUGGCAGCGCCGCGGUCCGGGACAGGCGGCACAACGCUCAGCUUACUGGCUGUCGGAAAGAAGCUGCCUCAGCCGUGCUUCCCCAAUUGGAACUUCGACCACUCGGAGCUGAUCACAGAGGCUUUGAUCCGUGAUCCUGGCCGCGACCGGUCAAGAUAUUGAAUAUGAAUAUAUUUCAGCCUGGCUUGACCAAUACGCUUGGACUGGGCUCGGAGGCACUUGCAGUCAGGACCCGCGACAUAAAGAAGUGAAAUUGGUGGAAUUUACAAAUGCAGUCUGAGACAUGACGAGCCCAUGACGCAUAUGCCGACUGCCGUUUGGACAGGAAGGCACACACGGGUCCCGCCACAGGAUGCAGCAAUCUAUCUCAUGUACCGAACGUCUCCUCUCCAGAACACUGAGCUGAUAACGCCAGUCCGGCUGCAGGCCAGCCCUCGGUCAGCACAGUCAGCAGAUCCAACACGUGUGUGUCAAAUUACCUAUCCAACACGACGAAGCAGAUUUCGAAGCAGCAGAAGCUGCCGCCUGUGAUUGCGCUUGAUGAUGCAGGCUAUCCACGUACAUGCGCCCGCACCCGUCUUCGAGCGCAAAGCCCUCCACUGGAGGCCCCAAAAAACACGCCUCAGGGCUCGUCCGCAUCUCAGAGCUUGCUCACCUUAUCACACUGGUGUGCAGAAAUUCAGGCCUCGGAAAACGUCGGAGAAUCAACCGAUUGCUUCGCAUCAACAACCGGCAUAUGCAUAUGCACAAUAGAUGGCUCACUCGGUCCGAAAGAGGAUCAGAUUCGUUGUAAGAUCGGAACCGCGAUAAGUCUCCUCUGUUCACAGGAAUCAGAGAUUGAGUGCAUGACGAGUAUGAAUCCUCGAAAUAGCUGCCAGAUUCGGAUACUUGAUCGGCCUUUACACGUGACUCAGUGUGCAAUUGUUUAGUCACAUAGUCACGAGCAACCGAUCGGACUUUGAAACGCUCCUUGACUCUGACGACAUCGUCAACAACGACGAUGAGCACACGCGCGCGGACCCGGGCGGCGUCCAACAUCAAGACCGCAGUCUCUAAAUCUGACACCAAAACAAGAUCUUCUGUGAAGCUAGAAAACGAGACUGUCCUGCUGUCCUCGAAAUCAAAAUCAAAACACGUCAAAUCGGCCGUUCUCUUUUGUCUGUGCAGAAAAGGCGACGAUGGAUCUCCGAUGGUCAACUGCAGCGAGUGCGAUGAAUGGUACCACUUCUCAUGUGUUGACUUGGGUGAAGAGGUUGCCAACGAUAUCAAUGUGUACAUCUGCCCCCCUUGUGCUUCAACGACCGGUCUACGAACAGUCAUGUUAUGGGAAGGCCCUGAGGCCGUCGAAGAGGUCGGUGGGGACAAACCGACACAUACUGCAAAGAAACCAAGAGUGACACCACUGGUGGUCGAGGAACGCCAGUCAGACGAGUCAGGGGACGAGGGCAGCGAGGACGAGUAUGUUGCAGAGAGAACCAAGCCGAGCAAGCGCCGAACGCGACGACUUUCUUUCUCUGAGGACUCCGAAUCUGAAGCUUCUGGCACGGAGAAAAAGCACAGACGCAUUCGCAAAGCUGGGUCUCCGACAGUCGCAGCCAAAAGUGGUGUCAAGCGCAAGGCUGCGCCCAGGAGCACCGCUGCCCCACCCAGCAAACGCAAACGAGAGUCAUCCUCUGAUGCGAAUGACGAUCCCGCGCGCGCAUUUUGUCUCAAGAAGUUAGAAGUCGUUUUCCAGACAAUCUUCAAUCGCUAUCCGUACAUCGGCGCUGUCGAGAAAACAACAGACGAGCUUAACGACGAAGAGAAGACGAAAGUCGAGCAAGAGGCUAAGCUUUUCGCUGUUGAACUGGAACGAUGCUUGUAUGAGACCUACUCCGAGUUCGAUAAGCAAGGCCGACCGUCGGCGGGUGCCAGUUACAAGGAUCGCUUUCGGAUGUUGCAGUUCAAUCUCAGCAAGGAAGACCGUACGGUGUUGCACAGACGCAUAGCAUCGGGAGAUAUUAGUCCUAAGGAGAUAUCUCUGAUGUCCACGACUGAUCUAGCGAAUGAACAGACGAAGGAAUCGAUCAAGUUGGCGGAGAAAGAGGCACUGGAGCACUCCAUCCUGGAGAAGACGCUUGUGCCGCGUGCCAAAAUAACGCACAAGGGAUUGGAGGAUAUUGAAGUGGACAGUGUAGUUCUGUCUCGCGAGCGGGAAGCAGAGAGACAGCGGGAGCAGGAGGAAAGACGGCAAAGAGAGCUAGAGGCACGACAGCGAGUUCGGACUGCAUCGAUGUCUAUGCCUCCGGAGUCUCCGAUCACGCCCAUAACUGGGAAUUGGAUGGAUGUGCCGCAUAAUUUGCCGUCGAUGCCUGAGGCGCCAGAGACUGCGCUAGGGCCAGACGCGAACGAAAUGAGUGCAGAGCCAGAAAUGAACCUUGCGGACUUGAUCAAUAUCGACGAUGAAUUGGGGCCAGUGGAGGCCACAGCCAACCCACCUGUCGAAUCCACAGCGGGUGAGGCUGUCGUUGCACCGACGCUGUCGCCGACAGGCAACUCUCCCUUCGCCAACAACACACCCUCUUUCGAUCUCGAUGCACUAUGGACGGAACCGAAUCCGACCGAUUCUGUAGCUUCACCUCCAGCGACGGACGAUCGAACUGACGAAGCGAUGGAAGUCGACAACGAGCCGGACGACAAGGACUUUGAUAUGUUCUUGGAGGAGAAGGAUCCCUCUGAAUCUCUCUUGGCUGCAUUUGAAGCAAAACCCCAGGUCUGGACUGGCAAGAUAUGCAUGCCCAUCGACUCGACGAUCCCUCAAGAAACACGAGUGGCUGCGCGUCAGAUCGGUGGCCGUCAAAUUGACCACGACUCUCUUCUAUGGAAAACGCUGUUCCCGACCGAUCUGCUCCGGAUCGACGGCCGGGUUCCGACGGACAAGUCAGCGCAGUUUCUUCUGCAGACCAGAAUGAACUCGUCCAAGGAACUAGUCGCCGCUUCUUUCUCACCCGUAUCCGAAGACGGCGACUCUGGCUUCCAGACAUUGAUGGACUUCUUGAUCGCUAAAGGGCGACACGGACUUGUAUUUCCUUGGGGAAGCCGCCCGAAGGACUACCACCCGGGGAAAGAGCUCUACAUGGUUCCCCUGCUCUCCAGCGACGCGAUUCCGGACUUUAUGGAAGUCCUGGACAACUUCAGCCUGCCCACCGUUCGAACGAGCAACUACCUGAUCGGGAUAUGGGUGCUCAACAAAAACAAACUGGCCACACCGCCACCCAUGCCUCCGCCUGUCAUGACCCCGGCACCUCCCGCUUUCCCACCGCCGGCGAUCAUGGAACCCUCCACUUUGGCGUUUGAGGUGGCUGCGCUCACACCGGAGCAGGUCCGCCUCAUGCUCCAGACGUUGACCAACGCAUCCCUCAACCCAGCUCCAGUCCCAGUGCCACAGCCACCACAGCCACAGCCACAAUGGGGAACUGGGUAUCCCGCACCGCCACCGCCACCCCCUCAUUAUGGUCAGCAGGGCCAGUACGGCUACCAUCCCAGAGGCAACGAGGCCCGUCAACCGGAUUCUGGCUGGCCCCGACGGCGAGGAUACUGAAUCGUGUAUGCUAUUUAUCCUUAGUGUAUUCUUGUUACAUAUAGUAAAUGUAUGUCAAAUUACUUGCGAACCAGGAUCUGCAGCAUUUCCUCUAUCCUUUUCUGUCUGGCAUCCAUCUCGUCCAGCCGCCUCAUGAUCGGCAUGUCCUUAUUUUCCUCGACGUCCUCGGCCGUCGGCAGAGAGCCGGUGGACGGCGUGCGAUGGUCGGGGCUAGCAGAAAGCGAGUGUUCGUCAGGGCUGGUAGAGAACGGGUCAUCCGAGAGCGGGAACAUCAUGCGGGGAGUUUCGGACGAGCGUCGAGCAUGGGCUUGCAGCUGAGCACGACCCGAGGCGUCGCGAACAUGCAUCGAAGAGAGUCUCCGGCGAUAAGCCGGUCCAUAGCUCACACCCGCUGGCGGCGGUGCGAGAGUAUUAGGAUAGGAAUGCGAUUGCGCUUGCGAUUGUGUGACAGGAGGACCCAGAGAAAUCGCCUCGUCUUCGGGAAUCCCGCCGUCAUCGAUUACGAGGGGCUGGAAGAUCUGAGCGAGCGGACUAGUGAACGAUUGUGCAGCCUCGGUCCCUCGAUGCAAGAGCGACGCAACACGAUUCCGCUGACCGGGAGGGGACACGCCAUUGGGAGGUGUCGUGGUGGGCGGUCGGUGAGGAGGUGAAGGCGGAGGUUUCGAUACGUGGUGAGCGGUGACUGGCACUUCACCUCGGGCAAGAGCACUUUCCAGUAGAUCAUCCUCGAUUUCAAAAACCUGUAAAUAGUCAGAAUAGCUCGAAUAGAC